UCUCAGACCUGCUCCGACCGUCAGACAACGCUGUCAACGCACAACUUCAACUGCUACCGAAAACAUUUGCGUACCAUGUGUUCACACCCUGACAUUGUAUUAUAGUUCAAGCAAGCCUAAUUCAAUUUUUAAACAUCAACUGUUCAACAAAUAAGUGCUAUUGUACAACAAGUUUUAACAAGUGAUUGCUUCAAUCGUAAAUUCAAUGAGUAGUUCAGUUUCAUCAUCUUGUGUGGGUGGUGGUGGUGGUGGUAAUCCACCUCCUCAAGCACAAUCCGAAGCAGAGCAGUUACGAAAAACACUCAUGCCAUCAUUUGAAAAAUUAUAUAGACUUAUACCAGAAUCAUUACCGUUUCGUCAACCAGUUGAUCCACAAGCACUUGGCGUUCCAGACUAUUUUGAUAUUAUUAAAAACCCUAUUGAUUUAUCAACAAUUAAAAGAAAACUCGAUGCUGGAAAAUAUAAGGCUCCAUUGGAAUAUUGUCAUGACGUAUGGUUGAUGUUUGAUAACGCAUGGCUUUAUAAUAAAAAAACAUCACGUGUUUAUAAACAUUGUACAAGAUUAUCAGAAGUAUUUACUGAAAUCAUACAACCGGUUUUGGAGUCACAUAAUUAUCGUCAUGGUUCAUCACCAGCAAAUUCAAAACAACAAAAUUCACAAGGGUCUAGAAUAUUAUCAAUAAGAAGACAUGUACAAUCAUUGACACAUGCAUGCCAAUGUCAUGAUGCAAAUUGUUGUUUACCAAGCUGUGGUACAAUGAAAAGAGUUGUUACACAUACUACAGUAUGUACCAGUAGAAUAAAUGGUGGUUGUCCACUAUGUAGACAAUUUAUUGCACUUUGUUGUUAUCAUGCUAAACACUGCCAAGAAACAAAUUGUCAUGUACCAUUCUGUCCAUAUAUAAAAUGUAAAUUAGAACUACAAUUACAACAAAGAUUACAACAAGCCUAAUUAUUAAUAAGAAGAACAGCUGCAAUGAAUGGACAUCAAACUGAUGCUCAAGUUAAUGCAAUACAAGAAAGAACUGAGCAGUCAUGAAGAAUUUGAUACAAGCUGGAACCAAGGAUGGCUUAUCAACCAAGGGCCAAUUAAUUCCAGAGAAUGAUAUCAUUGAAAAAUUGCAAUUGCGUUUUUAAAUAAAUUUUACAAAAU